AUGUCUACAUUACGCGGGGUUUUCGAACACGAAAUCAAACACGAUCCUGAACCAGAAUAUGCAGGCACUAUUAGAUUCAAUGCAAGGAUCUUUGGCGGAGAUGACGAAAUCUUGACAUUCACGACUCUGUCGUUGGCCGAAGAAUUCAUCAACGAUGAUCGCAACGAGUGUCAAAGCAAACUAGACUUGAGCUAUUUCCUUAAUCUAUCAGGGAUCAGCGACUACGAGAUUUCACAUGCCAUGUAUCACUUGGUUCCUUAUGUUGCUGAGAUAACUUCUUCAGCAAGUUAUGGGUAUUUUCCGGGGUGUGUUUUGCAAGUUUCGUUGGAUCUUAUUGUUUUCGAUGAGCCUCAUAUCGAAGAGUCAGUUCAAGUCUCGCGUAGUCACAAAAUCAAACACGAUACUGAAACAGAAGAUGCGGGCACAAUCAGAGUCAAUGCAAGGAUCUUCGAUCAAGAUAUUCAACUGUCAUUCACGAGUUUGUCGUCUGCUCACGAGUUCAUCAACGGCGACGAGUGUGGGAGCACACUAGACUUGAAGAAAUUCUUGAGGGAAGCAGGAAUGAGCGACCACGAGAUUGCGUAUGCGAUGUUUCAGUUAAUACCCUAUGUUGCUCAAGUAACUUCUUCGGCAAGUAAUGAGUAUUCUCCAAGGUGUGCUUUAGAAGUGUGGUUGGAUCUUGUUCUUCUCCAUGAGCCUGGAGAAGCGAUUCGAGGAUGA